CAUCCUGCAGGAAGUGUGCCCAGCAACUUCUAUAUAUUGGGCUCUCCCUAACGCACGACGUCUGUCUGCAAGAAUACGUGACCCUGUUCAGUAGCAGUUUCGGCAAAUGCAUUGACAGCUAGAGUUAAAUUGUAACGUUUUUUCGACAUGUAACAACAAUACAGUCCUUGACUGCAAGAGUGAUUGUAAACAAAACUCACAUUACAGACGUUUACUUUUUUUUUUUUUUUUUCGUUAAACUGUAAUGAGCGGUAUGGAUCACCACUUUGACACGUGCCCGAACCCCAGCGUGUGUCCUCUCCAUGGCUAUGCUUCAUGGUCAUCUGGGACAUUUACCCAAGAGGACGUCUUAAUGGGAGGCAGAGGAGCUGCCGCGAGCACGGCGGACAGUUAUGAACAUGACACCGCCAGCGUAAGCCGCAUGCCGUCGAUGGACGCGGGAGCAGGAAGUGCGACUGUCUCGCCAAUAUUAAGAAGUCUUUUACAGCCAGACCAAGGUAGCGCUUUAGAGGGAAGACAUGACACAGUGAGUCUCCAGUGCGGAUCGAGGCCCGAGCCACAUCAUGCAGUAAGAAAUCGCCACGAUUCAGUGAUGUGGGGUGGGACCAUGAUUGGGGAAGAAGAGAUGAUGAUGGGUAGUGGACACCCACUGGCAUAUGGAAGCUCUGGCUACAUGCCUGAAGCUUCUGGGGUUCUGAGCCAAAUGUCAUCUGGACAUUGCGGCUACAUAGCUGGCCAACCAUUAGCUCCCCAGCAACCCAUUAUCAGCCCUGAAGCAGUUAGACAUCUCAGCGGAUUAAGCACCGGAAUUGGUGCUACUGGCGCUGGUGAUGGCGGGGCACAGCUGCCGCAAGAUCUGUACCAAAUGAUGAGUUCCCUGACUACACGCCCUGACCACCGUUCUUCAUUGCCUUCUGAGGCCGCCGUUGCUAAUCCGCUCUUUUCAACCCAGGAACCCGACCUCCUGGACCUGGACUCCAUCAGAAGGGAUGACCUCAUCGGAGCCGUCGCAGCGGUGGACUUGCCAUCCAGCGAGAGCGACGAGUUCGCAUCCUUUUCGGAUCACCUCCUGUCCGACUUGGACACGGCCCAGGACCCACAGGUGCCCUGCGGACCCCAGGAUCAGCCGUUUGACCAGACCAGAGCGGGUCCUUCUUCUGAUCGAGGCACUCAAGCCGUCAAGCCCAGGAGGCGACGUCCCAGAAUACCGUAUGAAUCCUUAACGGAGGACGAGAAGUACGUCCAUAUUCGAGAUAUCAACAAUGAAGCUUCGAGAACAUACCGCCGAAAACACCGACAGUCCGUGACGAAUUUGCAAGCCGAGGAGAAGGUCCUUCUGGAGACGAACCGCGCCUUACGAGUCAAGGAAAAGGCUUUGCGCGACUUGAAGACGCACAUGCAGAGUCUGGAAGGGAUCGUGAAGCAGAAAACGUUAGAGCCUCGUAACCCCGACAAAUAGUUUUCGACUGGACACCUCAAGGUUACGUAUAAUAAAGAACUA